AUGCUCUUCUUCACCAUGAGAGGAACGGUCUUUACAAGUCCCGCGCUGUGGGUGGAGCAAUUUGUGAUUUUGGCUCUCUUUGUGGGAAUGGCAGCCGCUGUUCAUCACUUUGGCAUUCACGAUGAGGCGACCUCGAAAGAGGCUGGCAGUUUCGCUGACAAGAUGGCAACUUUGGCGGCCUUUUUGCUGGGCUUCUACACCUCGCUUACGGUGAGCCGUUGGUGGCGCCUGCGCACAGAUGGCGUGGGGAACAUUUGGUCAAGCCUCUUCAUCUCGCAGUUCGUGACGCGGGAUCCCCAAAUCCUUGGAGCGUUGCGGCGCUAUGCACGGGGCUCCUUGUCGUUGGUCUUCUUGAAGAGGCGAUACGGUGCAGACUUUGUCCGAAAGUUGGACAAAUUGGUGGACGAUGACAUUUUCACUUUGGAUGAGGUGGAGCAGCUACGGGCCUACAACUCGAACUUGGCCGAGAGUGUGUGGACCUGGGUGGCGCAUAUUGUGGCUGAUCUUUACAAGAAAGGCCAGAUUAAGUCCGAGAUGAUGUUGACGUUUCUCAUGGAGAGAAGCUUAGGAGUGAAUCUUGGACGUGGUGGUGCAGCACUCAUUGGAGCACAGAUGGGAACUCCCAUUCCCCUGCCUUAUGUGCACUUCAUUGGCUUCUUGGUGAAGAUCCACAACAUUAUUCUGGGUUUGUCCUACGGAUACAUGAUGGGCACCACUUGGAAGAUGGAUCACUUCAGUGUCUUCAGUUCGAAUUGCCAGGUCUUCUUCAUUCCCCUCUUGUACAACGCAAUUUUGCUGGUGAAUGCCAGCCUGGCGGAUCCUUUCAGCGGAGAGGCUGCUUGGUGA